CUCUAUCCUCCUCAGCAUCAGCACCAGCAGCAGACACGUCUCCUCCCCCACAUCCACUGCGGAACAUCGGCCUGUUUGCGGCUCACCGUCAUGGACAACUCGGGCAAAGAGAAGGAGGCCAUGCAGCUGAUGGCGGAGGCCGACAAGAAGGUCAAAGCGUCCGGCUCGUUCCUCGGAGGAAUGUUCGGAGGUAACCAUAAGGUGGAGGAUGCCUGUGAAAUAUACGCUCGGGCCGCGAACAUGUUUAAGAUGGCAAAGAACUGGAGCGCUGCGGGGAACGCGUUCUGCCAGGCUGCUCGGCUCCACAUGCAGCUUCAGAACAAACUGGACUCGGCCACCAGCUUCGUCGAUGCCGGCAACGCUUACAAGAAGGCCGACCCACAAGAGGCCAUCAACUGUCUAAACCAAGCUAUUGACAUCUACACAGACAUGGGUCGGUUCACAAUUGCAGCCAAACAUCACAUCACCAUCGCAGAGAUUUAUGAGUCUGAGCUGGUGGAUAUUGAAAAGGCCAUUGCUCACUACGAGCAGGCAGCAGAUUACUACAAGGGAGAGGAAUCCAACAGCUCAGCUAACAAAUGUCUUCUGAAGGUCGGACACUACAGCGCUCAGCUCGAGCAGUACCAGAAAGCCAUUGAAAUCUACGAGCAGGUUGCUAUGAGCACUAUGGACAAUCCUCUGCUGAAGUACAACGCUAAAGAAUAUUUCUUCAAAGCUUCAUUGUGUCACUUCAUAGUGGAUGAGCUCAAUGCCAAGUUGGCUAUAGAAAAGUACGAGGAGAUGUUUCCAGCUUUCUCAGACUCAAGAGAGCUCAAGCUGCUGAAGAAACUGCUUGAAGCCCACGAGGAGCAGAACAGCGAGGCCUUCACGGAGGCUGUGAAGGAGUUCGAUUCUGUGUCCCGUCUGGACCAGUGGCUGACCACGAUGCUGCUCCGCAUCAAGAAGACCAUCCAGGGAGACGCCGGGGACUUGAAGUAGACAAGAGGAACAUGGAGAGAGGAGAUCUGGGUGGAGGAGGGUGGUUCUUACAUUAGUGGUAUAUAAAGGUAGGGAAGGGUGUGGUAAAGGGAUAAUCUGGUCAUUUCUCAAGUGAUGUUCUGUCAAGUUUGCGUUAGUUAGAUCAUCCUUAAUAUCAGUCAGAGCACAGAGUUUAAAGAAAAGAGCAGAAGUCUUCAUCCAUGCUAAGCUAACGGCUGGCCUGUUUUUUUUUUUAUUUUCAGACUUUUAUAACAAUUCUUUCUCUAAGACAAGACACUGGUGAACACAACAAUAAUUCAACUAAUUAUGCAACGAAAAAUAAACCUCUACACUUUUGCCUGCCACAGUUAGUUGAGUCUGUUGUUUUCUUAAGCAGACACUGUCCAUGUUGCUGCGCCGCUGUACGCAUGUGAGCACAGGCCGUUACACGCCGAUGGUCCUGAGGGACGAGUCUGCUGAGAGGAAGGCUAUUCUAAUAUGGAAAAAUCUUAAUCACUUUUAUUGAAGACAUUUAUUCACUGAGUUUGAAAACAUUGCAGUCAUAUCACCUAAAGAACAACUUGAAUCUGGAAGGUUAAUGUUUCCAGUUAAUAUUUAAUUUAAAAUGAACAACAAUGGAUUUAUUCAAAUGUAGGUUAUUGAAUUAAAUAAGCAAAAAAUUAAAUUGUGCCGCUAUAUUGUGGAGUCCUGUGGAAAAAAAACUAAAACUUUUCACCCAGGAAGGGUCUGAUCACCAGGACAAGAGGCAAAAAGGGGGCGGAGCUUCAGCUCAUUAUGGAAGCUAGAUAAGAUGAGAGUGUGCUCACAAAGCAAAACGUGACAAUAAAUGUUUAUUUUUCAUUGGGGGGUUUUGUACAUAGUCAUGUUUCUGUAAUUAUUUGGGGCUGAAAAUAAAACUUAAACUUUGAUAAACUGCACAUCCAAAGUAAACUGUUGCACUGACUGGGCGCGCUGAUGGAGCGAACUGAUCCGCUCGGCACCAUCGACACGGAUGUUCACACAGAAACGUGGACCUUGCUCAGUUGAGAAAACGACAAAUUAAACAAUGUUGUGUAGCAAUUUAACAUGAGCUAAUGUAAUGUUCUUACACACCAGGUUGAUAUUUUUGAGUUGUUUUUCAGCCUGUAAAACAAUAAAAAAACACCCUUAUUGUUUCCUGUCAGUAGCCAAGCCUGGCCCUUCUCUGACCCAACUGACCUGAUAACAUUUGAUAGAGCAUCACGGCAGAAAUAACCAGACUGUCCCUUUAAGGUGGAACUGAAAGGAACAGAACUAAAGGCAGAUAAAUUACAGAUAUGUACAUAUCAGUCUGCAUGUGACCCCCAAUCAAUUUAUCAUCAUCUUUAAAUCACUGUUGUCCCGUCCUACAGUAUUGCGCAGUAACGAUGGACUGAACGGUACUUUGGGGAAAAAAUGUGUGUGCAAAAAAGAGGAAAUGUGUGUGUGUGUGAGUGUGUGUCCACAGCAGUAAGGUAAUUCUACUUUUCGAUGAGGUGUGCAGAUAAAUCAUAAUGAAACCGGAUUCAAAAAAUCUAUUUAAGAGAUUGUUCAUAUUUAUUGUCAAUACUGAAAAUAUUUAUUGUUUAUCAUUGUGCUCAGUGUUACGGUUUGUCUGAAUAUUUUAGAUAUCA